UCCAACGAUGUUCGAGGCAUACUGGAACGCGCACAAGGACGACCAUGUGAAGGUUGGUUACGCCAACGACACGCUGAGCUACUUUGUGAAGUCAAAGGAGCAGGAGGGCUGCCCCUGGUUCGUCAGCGCUCUACUGGAUGAUGCCAUCAGGGAGCUUCACUCAUUCGUCGGAAAUGCUGUAACUGGGGACAGAGCGAUCGUGGUCGGUAAUGGAAGCACUCAGCUUUUCCAAGCAGCUCUGUACGCGUUAGCCACAAGGGACGGCACCUCCACUCCAGUGGUAUCUGAAGCACCCUUCUAUUCGGCCUACCGUGAGAUAAUUGACUACCUGCAGUCGAAGCUUUUCCAUUGGGCUGGUGAUUCGAAGACCUUCCAUCCAAAGGCCAACGAGACCUUUAUCGAAAUGGUCACCACUCCGAACAAUCCGUGCGGCACUAUGCGUGAAGGUUUGGGGUUGGGAGAUAAGGGAACGAUAGUUCAUGACUUGGCUUACUACUGGCCGACUUAUGUUCCUAUUAUAAGUUCAUUUGACUCCGAUGUCAUGCUGUUCACCUUGUCCAAAUGCACUGGACAUGCGGGACUGCGCAUCGGGUGGGCAGUUGUGAAGAACCCCGCAGUGGCAAAGAAAAUGGCUGAAUUCGUGGCGCUGAAUACCAUAGGCUUAGCACAGGAUGCCCAGAGUCGUGCAGCAGGACUGAUUCGCACCGUCAUUCGGGGCUAUGGAGGAAAGAGACGACAAGAUCAUUGCAUUGCUGAUGACAAUUUCGAGAUAUCGCUGAGUGACCCCAAGUACUUACUCGCACAUGAGAUAAGGAUCACAGAAGCUUUGCUAGCCAAGAAGUUUUUCCAUUGGAGCAGACAAGUGAUGGAGAGCCGUUGGGUCAAAGUGAGAUCUGCACUGGCUGGCAACAAAAACUUCAGCCUACAAAAUAACGUUGCCUCGGCCACCCACACGUUUUCCACUUGCACUUUUUCGGGGACUUCGCACUCAACGUACCCAGCAUUUAUCUGGCUGAAAUGUGAGAAGGAGGGGACCGACUGCCAGAUGAUUUUGAAGAGAAACGGAAUCCUGGGUCGGAACGGUGCACUCUUCGGUGUAUCCACCCAGUACGCUCGUUUGAGUUUGCUAGACCACGAGCCAGCAGUUGAUCUUCUCGUCGAGCGCCUUACAACUUUAGAAUGCUGAAUAAUUAGCAAAAAGUAAAAGAAUAGAACCAGAAGAAGCACUGUGGUCCACAUGCAGGUAAAGAACAACUUGUGAAGAUUAGCACGACUGGCCAAAGACCAUUGAAACGUUAGCAAGUCUUUUCCUUGGUUGCGACACAGUUGACCUCCUCAAGCUGAUCUCAUAAGGUAGCAAUGGUGGAGCACAUUUGACACAACUAGCUUCACACUUAUCUGUUACGAAGUCUGUCUUGUGCCGAAGUACAAUCUCGUCCAGCUCCAGUCCACCAUUCUGAUCCUGCAGUUCCUGACUUGUUUGAUUUCAAAAGCAAUAAAAGUAUGUCAUCCAUGCAGCUAGUGCAGUUUUUUC